ACGUUAUCUCUGUGCGACGUCCACGGUCAUUCUAUUCGCGGUGUGUCUCCGCGGCGCCCAGGAGGUUCCACGUGAUCGUCCUGAAGUGAUCCUGGACAGUCCAGCCUGGAAGCUGGCGGAGUUGAAGAGAUUCUCCUUGGAGCUGGGGUGUCUCGGCGCACCCUCGGGGCCCAGCGGAGACAGAAGGCAGAGUCACUGUAAUUAUUUCUAACAUCAGUUUCAAACGACUUACUUUUGGAUAACAGUCCAAAUAUAUGAAAUUAUGGCUGGGUAUAAGCCUGUAGCUAUUCAGGCAUAUCCUAUACUUGGUGAAAAAAUCACCCAAGAUACCCUGUACUGGAACAACUAUAAAACUCCUGUUCAGAUCAAGGAGUUUGGUGCAGUGUCAAAAGUAGACUUUUCUCCUCAGCCUCCUUAUAAUUACGCUGUCACAGCUUCUUCAAGGAUUCACAUUUAUGGCCGAUACUCCCAAGAACCUAUAAAAACCUUUUCUCGAUUUAAAGAUACAGCGUACUGUGCUACUUUUCGGCAGGAUGGUAGACUGCUUGUGGCUGGCAGUGAAGAUGGAGGAGUUCAGCUUUUUGACAUAAGUGGGAGGGCUCCCCUCAGGCUGUUUGAAGGCCAUACUAAAGCAGUUCAUACAGUAGAUUUUACAGCUGACAAAUAUCAUGUGGUCUCUGGGGCUGAUGAUUAUACAGUGAAAUUAUGGGAUAUUCCAAACUCCAAAGAAAUUCUCACAUUUAAAGAACAUUCUGAUUAUGUGAGAUGUGGAUGCGCCAGCAAACUGAACCCAGAUCUCUUUGUAACAGGGUCAUACGAUCAUACUGUGAAGAUGUUUGAUACACGAACAAACAAGAGCGUUAUCUCUGUUGAGCAUGGACAGCCAGUGGAGAGUGUCCUGCUUUUCCCCUCUGGAGGUCUUCUGGUAUCAGCAGGAGGUCGUUAUGUUAAAGUCUGGGACAUGCUAAAAGGAGGACAGUUGCUAGUGUCUUUGAAAAAUCAUCAUAAAACUGUGACAUGUUUAUGCCUGAGCAGCUCUGGACAGAGGUUACUCUCUGGUUCACUAGAUAGGAAGGUGAAAGUAUAUAGCACAACUUCCUACAAAGUCGUUCACAGUUUUGAUUAUGCAGCUUCAAUUUUGAGUCUUGGACUUGCACAUGAAGAUGAGACAAUAGUUAUAGGAAUGACCAAUGGAAUACUGAGUGUUAAACAUCGGAAAUCUGAAGCAAAGAAGGAUUCUCUUCCCAGAAGAAGAAGGCCUGCAUAUCGAACUUUUAUUAAAGGAAAAAAUUACAUGAAACAACGGGAUGACAUUUUGAUCAAUAGGCCGUCAAAAAAACAUCUAGAAUUAUAUGACAGGGAUCUGAAGAAUUUCCGGAUCUCCAAAGCACUUGACAGGGUCCUUGAGCCCAGUUGUACAAUAAAGACACCUGAGAUUACAGUUUCCAUCAUAAAGGAGCUAAAUCGAAGAGGAGUCCUGGCAAAUGCCCUUGCGGGUCGGGAUGAAAAGGAAAUCAGUCGUGUUCUUAAUUUUUUGAUAAGGAAUCUGUCUCAGCCAAGAUUUGCUUCUGUUUUGAUCAAUGCUGCUGAAAUAAUUAUUGAUAUAUAUCAGCCUGUGAUUGGUCAGUCACCUGUAGUAGAUAAAAAGUUUUUGUUACUUCAAGGACUUGUAGAAAAAGAGAUUGAUUACCAAAGAGAACUUCUAGAAACCUUGGGGAUGAUGGAUAUGCUUUUUGCUACCAUGACAAGGAAAGAAAGCACUUCUGUGUUGCAGCAUACCUCUGAUGGAUUUCUAGAGAGCAAGAAGAUAGAGUCCUAGUGCCUGCUUACUAAAACACAUUGGAACUCCUAAUCUGGGGCAGAUUUGAUUCUAUUAACUAUUGGAGAGAGAAUCUCUUUGGCACAUGAAAAAAACACCUAUUUACAGAAGCAGUUUUAUGGAAGAGACUGGAGUAACAAUGAUUGGAUAAUAAGUACCUGUUUUAAGACAUGGUUUUCCAUGUAAUAGUUCGAGUUAUUCCGUGGCGUCUUUGGCUGGAAGAUCUCAAGUGUCUUGGUCAUAGUGCACAUCCACCUUGGAUGAGUACUGUAUUAAUUUUAAUACAGUAAAGCUCAGUAUCAACAUUUGGGUCAGCAUUCAGAACUCUGGGGAGGGUUUCACCUGGGAAUCCUGCCAAAGGAAUAAGACUUCAUUUUUUCUAUCCUGGAAAAAAAGCAACGUAACAAAUGGCAACAAAAAUGAUUUCUUUGAUCAGUGCCCUUGAGAUUUCCAGGCCCCCGCUGAGCUUGCUGCCCUUCUCUUGGACAUCAUCACUUAUCCUAGGUCACAUGUUUUGCUUCGGCUGGUAAUAGGACUGUAUCUGUUCCAAGUGUGACAAAUCACUGGUCAACUUGAAGUAAUUGACACUAGUUAGACAUGUAUUCAGAAAGUGAUAAGGCAGAUGUGAUACCUAAAACUUGUGCUUGCCACACCAGGUUUUCUUUUUCUUUUUUUAAUCUUGACUGUCCGUAUCAGAACAAGGUCUACAGAGAGACAUUAUUGGACCAUGUGUUUUUUUUUUUCUCUUUCUUCCCUUCAAAACACAGCCUUCCUCCAAGUUUUCAGCUUGCUUCAGGUCAUGGGAAUGAUAAAAUUUGCCAUUUCUCUUGUAAUAAAUAGUCUUUCAGCCUUUUAUACAUAUGUUUAGAACUUAUCUUGUAGGUACUUACCCCUCUGAGAAGCUUUCUCGGGUCUGUUUAGAUUUUUUUCUCUAUUCCCAAUCAUCUUGUGUUUCAGAAACUCAGGCCCAGAGUAGCUUGCUUUGGAAAAUAUUUGUAUUUUUUAAAAAGUUCAGCAUAAAUCACAUUUUUAAAUAAAGAGAUUCUUAUUUUCUUCUUG